GCCACCGUCGUGCACUAUCGUCUCCGACACCUCCUCGCGUUUGUGUGUGUGUGUGUGUGUACUAUUUGUGCGAUCGUUUUUCAUAUUAUUCGUGUGUUGUUUAUACCUGUUCCGAAUUUUCGUCCGUCAACAUGCAUCCCGAAGCGAUCAGACGGUCUUACAGCAUGAUCCACCGGCAAGCCGACUACGACGAACAGCCCGUGUCCAGGACCUACCAGUACAGAAAGGUCAUGAAACCCAUGUUGGAACGCAAACGCCGGGCUCGCAUCAACCGGUGCCUGGACGAGCUCAAGGAGCUGAUGGUGGUGGCGCUGCAGGCCGAGGGCGAGAACGUGAGCAAGCUGGAAAAGGCCGACAUCCUGGAGCUGACGGUGCGACAUUUGCACAAGCUCAAGCGGCACAACGCGCUGGGCCUCAACGGCGACUCGGUGUACGCCGACAAGUUCCGCGCCGGGUUUGCGCAUUGCGCCACCGAAGUGUCCAACUACCUGACGGCCGACGCCCGCUCGCCGCCCGUCGACCCGACGUCCGGCGUCAAGUUGCUCCACCACCUGGGCGCUUGCAUGCGCAAAAUCGACGGGCCCGACUCCGUCGCGUCCACGCCGGCCGCCCGACCCGACCACCAACCUCAGCAGCAAUACAGGCCUUACACGCCGCCGGCCACUCCCAGCGACCUCAAAGACGACCAGACCGUUUGGAGGCCUUGGUGAUCAGGCAUCACCGUCGUUAAUAAUUAUUACACGGUUCAAACCCGCUGAAGACUGAUCGCAAUCGAGGACCUUCCAGUUAAGCUUAACCCUUUAUUGCAUGCACAUAAGUUUUACAAUGUUUUUGUUUCUAAGUCGACACAAACGACACGAAAAGAGUUUAUUUUAUUUUAACCCUUUUGAGAUUUUAUCUCAGUCGACUCAGUAACUUCUGCGAUUUUUACAAUCGAAUUCAUGCAACUAAGGGUUAAGAUUCAUUGUUAUUAUUAUUAUUAUUAUUUUUAUCGGCGAGGCUUAUAGCCGUUUACAAUUAUUAUUAAAAUGUUUUUUUUUUUGUUUUAAAUUUUGUUAAUAAUUCGGCCGUUGCUCAUUAUCGGCCAAACGUUUUUAUUUUUGUAUUCUAUAUAAUCCUUUAUAAUAAUAUUAUAGUAUAUUAAUAUAAUACGGUCGAGUACAGCUGUAUACCAAAAUUUUUGUUUAUAAAAACGGGCCCGUACGACUCCGACAACGACUGUUUAUAAUCACGAUCGCGUUUAAAUCUUUUUUAUUCGCCUUUUUCAAAAAAAUUAUGUUUAAAUCUAUUAUUUAUUUUUUAUAUAUGUACUACGACGUGAAUCCUAUUUAUAUAUAUUUAUAAUAUAAGCUUAUCUGUGAUAUU